AUGCUGGAUGAACUCUCACAAGAAAAGCUGAGAAAUUACUGGAAAAAUUCAGUUGAUGGCACUGCUUUUUGGCAAGGGACAAGCAUUUUGUUCAAAGAUGACAUACAAAGCUUAUUAGGAGAUACUGAAAUUUAUGGACAAAUCAUAGAUGCGUAUGCCGAGAUACUUCAUCAUGAUGAAAAGAAGGACCCUAAAAGACAACAGAAUGCAUACAUCACGUGCUACGCAUACAGGUAUCUCACAGAUAAAAUGCACCCAAGAACAUUCGAUGAAUAUUUUGUCAAACUCCUUGAAUGCAUAGGGAAAACUUCAAAGGCAGACGCAACAAAUGUCUUCCUCAAUAGCGUCAAGGAAUGUGCUCCAACAAUUUUAGAAAAAAACAGCUUCCCACUUCUUGAGUUCAAGAAGCCCGUCUACAAUGAAGAAUUGACCGACGAGAUUGCAAAACUUCUUCGAAACCUGAAAGUUACACCAGCAAUUGCUCAAACAAUACAAUAUCUGAUGAAACAUGAUCCCACCAAAUUCAACUUUAAGGAGGACAGGGAAUGCGCCCCAACAACCUGA